GCCCGCUGCUGCCCACUGCUGUCCAAUCCCUCUCGUGAUGCGCGCCUCGCCCAAUGACACGACAGCCGCGGCGGGCCAUGUGCCGCCUCGACGUCAGGGGCGCUCGCCGCGAAAAGCAAUGUUGCCGUGUCGGCAGUAGACGGACGCAUAAAGGCAUAGAGGCUCCCCUCGGCGACGCCGCGAGGUGCGCAGCAUGGCCGGCUCGCAACACGUCCCGCUGUCGCGCACCGCGUCCGCCGAGAGCACGCCCUCGCAGCCCAGCACCGCGUCAUGGCAGCCCCCGAGCGGCCACAAGGCGCGCGCGCCCGAGCCCCAGGCCGGCACCGAGAGCGUCGAGGUCAAGCUGAGCCCGCUGGGAACGGCCGCCCUCGCUCCCACGCGCCCCGCAGGCCUCACUGCGCGGCGGCCGUCCAGGGCGUCCGACAGCCUCAAGGACUUCUUCGCGCGGGGCAGCAGCAGCAUGCACGGCGGCGGCGGGUCUGCCAUUAUCGACCAAGACGUCGACGCGACCCCUCUAGCGGCGUCCCGGUACCCGUGUUCCCUGUCGGAAGCCAAGUCGCCGUCUGACGUCGACGCGGCCGAACACCGCCUGUCCUGGUCUUCGCUGUACACCAUCGGCUCGGCCAUCUACGCCAACACGCGCGGCCACUCCUGGAGCGGACGCAGCUCGAUAGUCGGCAGCGAGCCAGACGGCGCAUCGACCCUCGCAGCAAAAAUGUCCGAGUCGCCCGCCCCACACGGCACCGGCACCGGCACCACCGCGACGACGUCGCUGAACGUGACGACCCAGAGCCAGCACGGCUCGCUGGGCCCGAAAGCGUCGCCCACCGAGCUGCUCUUCCCGCCGGACCAGCAGCCCGUCACGUCGCCCACCGCCGUCUCGCCCACCACCGUCUCGCCCACCACCACCGCCACCACCGUCUCGUCCACCACCGCCGUCUCGUCCGCCACCGCCGUCUCGUCCACCGCCGGCUCGUCCACCACCGGCGCCGCCGCGGCGCCCCAGCCUCUGAGCCUCCACGCCGCGCCGCGGCGCUCGCGCUCGCGCACCACCCACCGCCGCGUCAGCGCGAGCACCGCCGCCAGCAGCAGCCCCGCCAGUCUCGGCAUGCGCGAGCCCAAGAAGCCGAUGAAGGGCAUCAUCGGCGUGUGCGCGCUCGAGAGCAAGGCCCGCAGCAAGCCCGCCCGCAACAUCUUCGGCAAGCUGGUCGACGACUUUGAUGUCAAAAUCUUCGGCGACAAGAUCAUCCUCGACGAGGAUGUCGAGAACUGGCCCGUCUGCGACUUCCUCAUCUCCUUCUUCUCCGACGGCUUCCCGCUCGACAAGGCGAUUGCGUACGUGCGUCUGCGCAAGCCCUUCUGCGUCAACGACCUGCCCAUGCAGCAGGUCCUGUGGGACCGCCGGCUGUGUCUCUCGAUCCUCGACCGGCUGACGGUGCCGACGCCGAAGCGCAUCGAGGUGAACCGCGACGGCGGGCCCAAGCUGCCCUCGCCCGAGUUCGCCAAGCAGCUGCACGACCGAACGGGCCUCAGCCUCCCGGGCGCCAGCGACGGCACGGGCGGGGGCAUCCCGCCGCCGAAGAAGAUGGAGAUGAUGGACGACGGCAACACCAUUUUUGUCGACGGCCAGACGCUGACGAAGCCCUUUGUCGAGAAGCCCGUGAGCGGCGAAGACCACAACAUCCACAUCUACUUCCACGCAAAGGACGGCGGCGGCGGCCGCAGGCUGUUCCGGAAAAUCAACAACAAGAGCUCCGAGAGGGACGACUCGCUCUCCGUGCCCAGAUGCAUCACCGAGCCCGACACCAGCUACAUCUACGAGCAGUUCUUGCAGGUCGAGAACGCCGAGGACGUCAAGGCGUACACGGUCGGGCCCACCUUUUGCCACGCCGAGACGCGCAAGUCGCCCGUCGUGGAUGGCCUUGUUAAGCGCAACCCGAGCGGCAAGGAAGUCCGCUACGUGACCAAGCUCAGCGACGCAGAGGCGCAGAUGGCCGCGAGCAUCUCGGAGGGCUUUGGCCAGCGAGUGUGCGGGUUUGACCUCUUGCGCGCCGGCGACAAGAGCUACGUCAUCGACGUCAACGGCUGGAGCUUCGUCAAGGACAACGGCGACUACUACGACAAGGCCGCAAACAUCCUCAGGGACAUGUUCCUGAGCGACAUUUCGCGCAAGCAACGCAAGGACGCCGCCGCCCAGGGUGCCGCCGGCGACGCACAGGGCGGCUCGGACAGGGGCGAAUCGAGAAAGAGCGUGUCAAGCCACCGCCAGGCGCUAAAGGGGUUGUUCAAGAGUCCUAGUAUGUCAAGAAUGGGCGACCACCACCACCACCACCGCCACUCCCUGCAUCUCCCCCACAUACGCCAGGCCAGCACGAUGCCCCCCUCUCCUGAGACCUCGCUAAGCAACACCCCCAUCGCAGCUAGUCCCAGUCUCGAGAAGCCCGAUCCCGCCGCGGCGCUCAGUCCGCCGGCCCCUGGUGCCAUCCCGCCUGCGCCCGCCUCGGAGCCAGACCUCUUGCCGCCGCCUGCCGUUGGCGACGAGGAGCACGCCCGUGGGACGGAGAGAUCGCACUCGGCCGCCGAUCAGGUCCCCGUGCCCCCGCCAGCCUCCAAGGCGCAGUGGAAGCUAAAGGGUGUCGUGUCUGUCAUCCGCCAUGCCGACCGCACGCCAAAGCAAAAGUUCAAGUACACGUUCCACGCGCAGCCGUUUGUCGAUCUGCUCAAGGGGCACCAAGCCGAGGUUUUGCUGAUUGGCGAGCCCGCGCUGCAAAGCGUCAGCGACGCCGUCAAGGUUGCCCUGGACGGCAAGUUGGAAGACGCCAAGAAGCUGCGCGAGCUGCAGCUGUAUCUGCAGAAGAAGGGUCCGUGGCCUGGCACAAAGGUGCAGAUCAAGCCCAUGUUCCGCAAGAGGCGAAAGGACGAGCUGCUGCCAGGCGAGACGCUCCCCGAAGAGUCGCCCGAGAGGCAGAGACAAGGCUCGACGUCGAGCGUCGUCCGCGACGCAGGCAACGAGAGCAGCAACGAAAACGACGCGGAGCGUUUGAAGAACAGGAGCGACUCCAUGUCCGGCGUCACGCUGUCCCGCAUCACCGCGCAGGACAACAACAUGGUCCUCGACAAGCUGCAGCUGAUCAUCAAGUGGGGCGGCGAGCCUACCCACUCGGCUCGCCACCAGACGCAGGACAUGGGCGCUAAUCUGCGCAACGAUCUGCUGCUCAUGAACCGCGACGUCCUCGACGAGGUGCACAUUUUCAGCAGCUCAGAGCGCAGGGUGACCACGAGCGCCCAGAUCUUUGGGGCAUCCUUUUUGGAGAAGGACCAGUACCCGGCUGAGCAGAUCCACGUUCGCAAGGACCUGUUGGACGACUCCAACGCCGCCAAGGACGUCAUGGACAAGGUCAAGAAGAGGCUCAAGACGCUCCUCCGCGCCGGCGACAAGGCGCCGCCGCAAUUCGCAUGGCCCAAGGAUGUUGCGGAGCCGUACAUUGUUGUUCGCCAGGUCGUGGCUCUCAUCAAGUUCCACCAGCGCGUCAUGAACCACAACUUCAAGAAGAUCGAGUCCGAGGCCAUGGCCUCCCUCAACGCCGUCAGCUCGCCGCCCGGCCCCGAUGGCCAGCCAGGGCAGUCCAAGUACACCAACGUCAACCACAUCCAGUCCCGCUGGUGCUGCAACGAGGGUCCCGAGCUGUUCAAGGAGCGCUGGGAGAAGCUCUUCAAGGAAUUCAAGGAUGCCGAUAAGGUCGAUCCUAGUAAGAUCUCUGAGCUCUACGACACUAUGAAGUUUGACGCUCUCCACAACCGCCCCUUUUUGGAAUGGGUCUUUACGCCCGACGACACCUUCAUCGACGAGGAUGCCGUUGCGGACGGCCCCAAGCAGAAGACGUCCGAGGAACCACCGACGCUGGAAGCGAAGCCCGAAGCAAAGGAAGCCGAGAAGCCGCACGAGCGAGGGAGCAUUGCCCGCCGCAUGGGCUUCCGACGCCCAUCAGAGGUGGUCGCGGUGAGGCCUGCUGCGCCACCUUCUUACGUCAAUGAGUCGUACUUUAAGCUCUACACGGGCAUGGGCAACGCUGCCUCCAAGGCCGCAAUGGACACGCGGCUGGUCAAGCUGCGCGACAUGUACCACCUCUGCAAGGUGCUCUUUGACUACAUCGGCCCGCAAGAGUACGGCAUCGAGUCGGAGGAGAAGCUGGAGAUUGGUCUGCUCACCUCGUUGCCUCUGCUCAAGGAGAUUGUCGGCGACCUCGAGGAGCUGCAGGCAAGCGAGGCGCCAAAGGCCUUCUUCUACUUCACAAAGGAAAGCCACAUCUACACGCUUCUCAACUGCAUCCUCGAAGGCGGCAUCAAGACCAAGAUUGAGCGCAACGCCAUCCCUGAGCUGGACUACCUGUCGCAGAUCAAUUUCGAGCUGUACGAGUCUGAAAACGCAAGCACAGACGACGCACCGCACACGUUCAACUACAGCAUCCGCAUCACGCUUUCGCCUGGCUGUCACGCCUUUGCGCCGCUGGAUGUGCAACUCGACUCCCGCCAUAUGAUUGGCUUCUCGCCCCGCCGCAGUCUCACCGCACAUCAAGACUGGAAGGAAGUCCUCGAGACGCUGCGGGCCAAGUUCCACACUGUCAAGCUGCCCAAGUCCUUCGUCGCCAUUGAUCUCAGCGAGAAGGAAGCAUUCGAGCGCCGCGGCAACGGCACCAACGGCAACGGCCUGAAGAAGGAGAGCGUCGAGCCCGAGGCUGGCGAGAGGGGCAGGAGCGAGGGGAGGCGCGCGAGCGCGCAUGCGCAUGUGCUGCCUGUGGCGGAGCUGCCGCCGCCGGCGCUGGAUUCGUGAAGAAGUCCCGAGGAAGGCGUGCAUGGAGUGGCGUCUGGGACGGCGUAAGAAGGAAGAGGUGCAUUCAUUAGAGGUGAGCAGGCGCAUUCUCUAGAGGUUGAGCAGGCGCAUUCUCUAGAGGUUGAGCAGGUGCAUUCUCUAGAAGUUGAGCAGGUGCAUUCUUUGGAGGUUGGGCAGGUGCAUUCUUUAGAGGUUGGGCAGGUGCAUUCUUCAGAGGUUGGGCAGGUGCAUUCUUUGGAGGUUGGGCAGGUGCAUUCUUUAGAGGUGGCGUUACGAAGGUAAAGGUGCAUUCUUCAAGGGUUGAGCAGGGGUUGCAUUCAUCAGUGGUUCGACGACAACCCUGGACUAGACUCAAAGCAGUAAUGCACAGAUCGUUAUGCUCGAGACGAAUUCUGGCCACCAAACAUGCACUUCUGCUGGUCAAAUCCAUUCAAUUUGCC